AUGGAAGAUGGCACUGCUGUGCAAGUAUCUCCGCUCAUUAAGGUUGCCAGGUAUACUGUUUUGCUGGUUGGAGUAAUAUAUGGGAAGAAAAGAUAUGAUAGUUUGAAGCCCUAUGCUGAAGACGAAAGGCUGGUAGAAACUGAAAAGAAAAUUAAGAGUGAGGAAGCGAUACAAAUUGCUAACGAGUUGGCAACAGCAAAUGCAGACACCAUCUUAAAAUCAAUAUUAAUUCAAAGUCCAUCUCUUGCUUCUCAAGAACAUAAAAAUGUUCAGAGUGAUUUUUCACUUAAAAUACAUACCGUACCCUAA